AUUUUUUUUUUUCUUUUCCUUUCUUUUUUGUUUUAUUUUUUGUUCGUUUGAUUGUUUUUUCUAAAUAAUCGAUUACGAAAGAAAAGUUAAAAAAUGAAGAGCGCGGGGGCAGGUUAUAUAACGUGCAGACCACAGAAUUAAAUUUUUAGUUUUAUUCUGCGAGCCGAAAUUACAAUACACAACGGAAGAGGUGAAGCAGGAAGCAGGGGGAAGGGCGAGGGAGAAAAGCCUCUUAGGUCACCUUCUCUCUCCCUCCAAACAGCUGCUCCGAAUUCUCGCCUUCAGCUUUAUUUUGGAGGAAAGAGGUUUGAAGGAUUGCCACUUUGAUUUCAUGGAGGGUGCUGAGAGGAGAUAACGGUGAAGGAGCAAUUCGUCCGAGGAAAUUUUUCUAGAGAGAAAGAAUUGAAGAGAGAGACGGAGAGAUGGGCUCGAAGAUGGAAGGUCCUUCGGCCCCUGCCUUGCGUCGCGACCCUUACGAGGUUUUAAGCGUGUCGAGGGAUUCAUCUGAUCAGGAGAUUAAAACUGCAUAUAGAAAGCUUGCUCUUAAGUACCAUCCUGACAAGAAUGCCAGUAAUCCUGAAGCUUCUGAACUUUUCAAGGAGGUUGCAUAUUCUUAUAGCGUCUUGUCUGACCCAGAGAAAAGAAGGCACUACGACAGUGCUGGAUUUGAGGCCCUUGAAGCUGAUGGCAUGGAUAUGGAAAUUGACUUGUCGAACCUUGGAACGGUUAAUACAAUGUUUGCAGCAUUGUUCAGUAAGCUGGGCGUCCCAAUCAAGACUACAAUUUCUGCUAAUGUUCUUGAAGAAGCUAUGAAUGGAACUGUCACUGUUAGACCACUUCGCGUUGGGGCAUCAGUGAGCGGAAAGGUAGAGAAGCAAUGUGCCCACUUUUUUGGUGUAACAAUUAAUGAGCAACAAGCCGAGGCCGGGAUUGUAGUUAGAGUUACUUCAGCUGCUCAAAGCAAAUUUAAACUACUUUAUUUUGAACAAGAUGCCAAUGGUGGUUAUGGUUUGGCUCUACAGGAAGAUAGUGAGAAGACGGGUAAGGUGACGUCUGCAGGGAUGUAUUUCUUACAUUUUCAAGUUUACAGAAUGGAUUCAACUGUUAAUGCAUUAGCAAUGGCGAAGGACCCUGAAGCUGCGUUUUUUAAGAGAUUGGAAGGUCUUCAACCUUGUGAGGUUUCAGAACUAAAAUCUGGCACUCACAUAUUUGCUGUAUAUGGAGAUAAUUUCUUCAAGACUGCAUCCUAUACAAUUGAGGCCGUUUGUGCAAAGUCCUAUGAGGAUACGACACAGAAGCUUAAGGACAUUGAGGCCCAGAUUUUGGGGAAAAGAACUGAACUACGCCAGUUUGAGACAGAGUACAGAAAAGCAUUGACACGCUUUCAAGAAGUGACCAACAGAUACAGCCAGGAAAAGCAGUCUGUAGAUGAGUUGCUCAAACAGCGGGAUAGUAUCCACUCUUCAUUUACCGUAGCCAAAACACCCAGUAGUAUUUGCGGGAGCAGCAGUAAUAUAAGCAAUGGAAGUAGUAGCAGAGUUCCUAGUGAGGAUCUAAAGGCUGAGAGCCCGGGAGAGGAUGGGAUUUCAGAUGGAAAGGAUAAAUCAACCAAGAAGAAAUGGUUCAACCUCAACCUAAAAGGAUCGGAUAAAAAGCUUGGCUGAAUGGUUGUCUAGAUCAACUUGUACUGCUUCAGAGGUUUGGAUUUCCUUCUUUGCAUUAAAGUGCUUGCGCCACCAGCAUGCUGCUGCCUGCCGAGGCUUGCCUUGUAAUCCUAGUUCGAUUGAUAUUUUUUCUUCUGGCUUUCCCCAAGGUUGUUCUUUAUCGCAUGUUUACAGUUCAGUUCUGCACGACACUGCAAAAUUUGAAGGUACGUGUAAUUAUAUCUGAUUUUCAUAUUUUCAUCCAACUUUGUUGUAUCCUUAAUCUCCGACUUUACGUAGUGAGUUACGCCCAUAUAGAUUUUUAUGUAUAACAAUAAUAAUGGAUUCAUUCAUUUGGGUUCAUUGUAUAGAUGAGAUUUUUAUUUGUUCA